AAGCGUAUACUCGUCAGACGUCAUGGUACGUCAUCAGAAGUGUCCACGUAGUUUGAGGGCUGAGGGUCUUUUAAGUGUUUGGACCGCUAGUUGGGACUCCAGUACAUCCUCCAGAAAUGCAUUUGAACGUCUCGAAAUGCCCUAUUGACGAAUGGCAAUUGUUUGAAAACCACUUCCUGGUCUUGGAUUUCAACGCCAUGUACUACAUUACCCAAAAUGCAACUUGUCCUAUUUUUCUCCCUCGCGGGCUUUGUUUUGGGAUGGCGGUAUACUUCGAAUCUCCCAUUUGUUGUCUUCAAACACUGAAAAUAAAUUGAAUACGUAAAUUCGUUGUCUGUAAACAAGCCCUGUCUGGAGAGCAAGUCAUGUCAUCUCCAGCUGGGUUGCAGGAUCAGCAGUCCCAAACAAAGUUCCUUGACCGAUGGAUGACGAGCAGCUCCUGUGCCGGGGUUAUCCUGAACCCCUCCCCGGACCUGGCUGAGUCUCUUCGACACAGCUCUGUCUGGAGAUCCCGGGAUGUGAAUGACUCCUUCGCCUCUCAGUUUGUUCCCCUCCCGGUCUCCAGUAGCAGCAGUUGCCUGAGUAUCAGUUCCCUCGUCCAUGAUGCUGAGUCCGGGACAGAAUUGAGCAAACAGAAUCAGCUACCAGUGGAUAGGACUUUGUCUGACAGACAAUUUGCUGGACUGCAGACAGUGGCGUCUCAAGGGUUGACAUUACCUGGAGAGAUGGACAGUAUGGAGAAGUUUGUAGAUCAGUCUCAGGACCUACCCCUAAUGCUCAAACUCGAACGGCUGAGGCAGUGGCAGCAGCACAUGCAGGAGCAGCUGAAAGCCCACCAGCUAGAGGAACUUGUCAGUCUCCAGGAGGAGCAACAAAGAUUACUGGGCAUGGUGCAUGUGGCUCAGCAGGAUGGAGCAGAUUACAUAGAGAUCUCCAAGUUGACGGGAGCAGACUGGGGAGAGAACACUCUAUUGGGGGGCUACCCCCUCUCUCACAGACCCCCAGCAGCCAAGAGUUUCCCUAUAGGCCCCCCACAAGGGCCUGCGUCUUCCCAGCUCUGGAGACGGGGGCCUACAUUCCGGCAGCCUCCAAGGGGCCAGGAGCAGGAAAAGGACCAAACACUGGGGACAGAAGCAUGGAGCAAUCCACACAAAUGUCAUCAGCUGAAUGGGGAUGCUGAUGAUAGGGGUGGUGAUGAGGAUGAGGAAGUCACAUUAUCUUCCCAUUCUGCUCCCUCCAUGACUGAAGACUACAAAGCAUACAGAGGAGAUGACUGUGAACUAGAUUCACAGGACAGACCCAUUAAACCAGGGAUAGGGGGGCAGAAGAAGACGUUUGAGGCACUCCUGGAGGAACAGCUGAGACUGGAGGAACAGAGACUGAAGACCACCCAGCAGCAGCAGAGCCCAGAGGCAGCUGAGGGAGCCAGUCCGAGAGCUAAUACCAAGAGAGCCUUCCUGAGGCGAGGGGAGGGCCUCUCCAGAUUCACCAACCGAAGCAAAGCCCCUAUGCCCAACAAAGGGGGACCCCAAAAAGAUCCCCAGGCCAAGGUCAGCACCCGUUGGACCUCAGAGCCCACCCAGAAGGUCAGUCAGCGCCCCCCCGUACAGCGCAAGACUGCUGUGCUCAACAAGGAGAACAGACCAAGAGACCCGUACUCACCUCUUCUGGACAGUGUCAGACCAGAGGGCAAGACAGACAAGCUGGCCGCAGUGGGGCCCAGGGUCCUGGGCAGUCAUCAGAGACAGAACAUUGAGAUGACUAACUGUCUAAGGCCAAGGGAGGUGAUUAGUAACAAGGUGGGCGGGACUUCUCAACCUGUGAGUAGAACUCCUGCAGCUGUAACUAAACAGUUUGGCCUUGAGGAGAGGACUGGAGAACUGCAGAGGAAUGGAAGUGGUCCAUCGAGACCGGAUGGAGCAGCAGAGGGAAAAUCAGGUGUUCCGGAGUAUUCCUUUGAGCUGUCAUUCCAGGAGAAGCUGCAGCACUGGGACUGUGAUCGUCAGAAGGAGAGUGUGGAGCUGGGGGAGUUUGAGCUGCUGGAGCAGGCAGCCGAGGAACUCUCCUUCUCCUCCAACUCAUCCUUUGUCAUGAAGGUGCUGCAGCUGGACCAGCAACAUCCCCUUCAGGGCAGCAGGGGGAGCCGUCCGCGACGCCUCUCCUCCACGCCCAUCAAAUCCCCCUCGCUGCCUAAAGGGGUUCACAGCCGGGGCACCAGUAGAAGUGGCCAAGGCACAGGGACCAGCUCAUCUGAAUCACCAGGAGUAUCUACUGUGAGGGCAAAGAGGGUAAUGAGGGAAAACAGCAAAGCCACUGAUGAGGAGGAAGAAGAUGAAGUGAGCGACGGCAAACAUGAGGAAAUCUCUGACAUCUUGUUCCGCAGCAGCUCUGAAUUCGGGGAUCGGGAGGAAGUAGCUCGACCGUCAUACCAGACUACAGUUUCCAGCAACCUCUGGGAAAACCUGCUCCCUGCAUCCAACCCUCCAUACGACAAGAGGUCAUAUCAGGACAGAGAGGGAGGCUCAAGCCAGGCAGAGGAGGGCGGGCAGAGUGACCUUGACGACUCCACCCUUUUGGAGGACAGAGAAAAUGGGGACCACGAGGGUCUGUUGGUGUUUGAUGAUGAUGACACCUGGAACGACCUGGAGGAGGCUGGCAGCAUCGUUGAGGACGACAGCAGAACAAGAGGCGCUGCAACAGGAAACCGACACACUUCCACAGCAACAGUGAAUGACAUUUCACCCUCAGAGAGGACACUGAAGAGAAAGGUGGCUGUGGCCAAAGGGAUGGAGCUGGAGAGGAUGUCUGUUAUCACAGCAGCCAACCAAGAGCCAGAUCCUCCUCCCGCUUCCCAGCUCAUGGCCAGGCUGUUCCCUUCGCUAAAGCCCAAAACCCAGGCCCCUUCUCCACCAGAACCUAGAAAGACUGAGGACGGAUCAGGCCAGCAGCAGUCCAGGCAGCUGAGGGAGAGGCUGGUGGAGCUGGAGCUGGAGAUUGAACGUUUCAGGACAGAGAAUGCUGCCUUGGCCAGACUCAGACAGGAGAACGAAAAGAACCAGGAGAAACUCCGGAAAGAGUGUGCAGAGUUUGAGCAGCGCAAGGCUGAGGAGCUGGCCAAGUUUGAGGAGUUCAAGAGGGAGGAGACCAAGAAGCUGCAGAAGGAACGCAAGGUGUUUGAGAGGCAUGCCUCUGCCGCCAGAGCCAUACCAGACAAGAGGGAGCGUGACGAGAUACAGGCCCUGAAGAAGCAGCUGAGUUUCCUGCAGGAGGAGUUGAAGCGGAGAGAGAGCCGCUGGUCCACCACACAUAACCGUCUCCGGCAGCAGAUAGACUCCCUGAACUCAGACAACAGCAACCUGAAAGACGAGGUCCGCACCAUGGAGAAACUACGCCUCAGCACCUGGAGGAAGAUUGGGACAGACAGCGAAAGAGAGAACGACAGGAGGGAGGGACCCAGGCCGUUGGACAGUUACAUUGCUCUUGAAGCCAGGUGCCUCAAAUUGGCAAGUCCUCCUGACAUGGUGAGGAGCCAACCACAGAGCAGCAUCUCUAAAGGCAGCCCAUCAGGACACAGCACCACCACUCAAGGAGGUAUCAGGGGCAUCCUGAAGAGGUCAGGCCCUACACCAGCACCCAGCCCCGCUCACAGUUACAGCUCAGAGGAUAGACCAGAAUCUUUGACCAGGAGCCACCACCCAGCACAGAGCCACGACCACUUAAACAACCUGUCCCCUAGAGCUCGAGGUCUGCAGACUGAGACAGAGGUCAAAGAGCAACAAGAGCCAGGUCAAGAUGUCCUCACCCACUCUGAUGGAAAGAUGGAGAGGGUUCUGGCCUGUGGAGGGAGACUCAUCAUCUUUCCCAAUGGGACCAGGAAGGAGGUGUCAGCGGACGGACUGACAGUCAAAGUCACCUUCUUCAACGGGGACAUCAAGCAGGUCAUGGCUGACCAGAGAGUGAUCUACUACUAUGCGGAUGCCCAGACCACUCACACCACCUAUCCUGACGGCAUCGAGGUUCUGCAGUUCCCCAACAACCAGACUGAGAAGCAUUUCCCUGAUGGCCGGAAGGAGAUCACAUUCCCUGACCAGACAGUCAAGAACCUCUAUCCAGAUGGGAGGGAGGAGAGUGUCCUCACUGACGGGACCAUCAUACAAGUUAACUUGGAUGGCAGUAAAGAGAUCCAGUUCAACACAGGCCAGAAGGAGAUCCACACAGCAGACUAUAAGAGGAGGGAGUACCCAGAUGGCACGUUGAAGACAGUCUAUACCGAUGGCAGACAGGAGACCCGCUACCCCACCGGACGCCUCAGGGUUAAAGACAAGGAUGGUAACAUUGUCAUGGACAACAGGCCCUAGGAUUGUUUACGCAAUAUGAGGUAUCGUCAUGGGAACUAAAGCUGAAGCACAGUUGAACAUUUAUGUUGGAGUGAGAGUUGUUUGACAUAGGUUUUUAGUAUGUUUGAGUUGAAUGUAGUGAUGAGUGACUUGUAAAAAAUGUCUAAUCCAUAUUUAUUUUCUUAGUUGAUUGUAUUUUUUUUGGUCAAAUAAAUGUUUAAUCAAAUCAGUGAGUACAUUCGGGUAUUGUUUUUAAGAGUAAAACAGUGAAGCAGUUUAAAAACUAAACUAAUACUUCUGUACCCUUCAUACAGACAGUAUUUCAGAUGUAAAAUAUUUAGAAAAGUGGUCUGCCCUUUUUACACAUUCUGCUAAAAAAACUCAACUUUAAAUAAAAUGUUUCAAAGUACUUCAUCUUUUUGGCAGCAUAAAUCUCAAUGCACAACAAACAGGAAACGCCUGUGAUGUGGACACGUUCUUCAGAACUCUGGCGAGGUCAAAGGAGAGAGGAGUGAGAUAUACUGGAUUUCAUACGCAGACUACAGAAAGACUUGACAUUGUUCAAGCUAGCAAACUGAGCAGUGUUCACAUGUUAAACUUUCUUUGAAAAGCACUCCUAAGUGAGUGUAAAACCCAUAUUUUGACUUUUGCUGUAGUGCCAGCCAGUCCUUUCUCCACCAGAGGCAGGUAGACCAGAGCUGCAUCCUCAUACAGGAACACAGCCAGCUCAGUGGCCUGAGACAACACCAUUAUCAUGAAAACUACACUUGCUUCAUUGAGAUGAUUGGCUGAGAUAACUAACUGCACCAAGAUCUCACUAUUACCUAAUUGGCUGAAUGGUAUAUGGUGAAUAACCACAAUACAUAGACUUCUGCUGCUGCCAUCACCCUGGUUGUACAGAGACCACCGUUGCCAGGGCAUGCAAAUAAUCCAGCUUGUUAUGAUAUACACUGAUAUGACGGUGGUAACUAAGGCAGAUCUUGCUCACUGUAACGGAUGCGGUGCAGCAGGGUUCAUGCUCCACUCUGGCCGGUAGGACAGGCGCUCCUUCUCCAGUUAGAGGCAGGGGUCUGAAGCCCGCCACUCACACCUUGAUGGCCUUACAGGGAAAUCUAUACAGAUGGGCCGGGAUCUGACGCAGGGGAGAUGAAGCAAGAUGUUACUUUUGCAUAUUUGUUUCGUAUGUGAAAACUGACUAAAGAUUAAGUGGAAGGAAAUAAAGCCACCCUAUUCCUUCCUGUAACUCAAACUUUUGCACAUCAAUGGGAUUUACUUAUGCUCCAAUCUCCAGUGAAGAUUGGGUCCACGGUGAGGUGUGUGUGUGUGGGCAGUCCACGUGUCUGACCAGAACAUUGACUGGGUUGAGACCAGCGAAGCCCAACAGCUUGUCUAAUAUGCGCGUUUGGGUCACUAAUGGCUGUACGAUAACCAGUGAUGCGUGUAAUAAUGUCUGUAUCCAAGGCCUGGGCCCAUCCAAUCGUUCAUAUAACAGAAUGCAGCACGAGACUGAAGAGCCAACCAUCUUGCUAGUUGCUGCAUCAGCGCGUGCUCUGGAAAGAGAGUGGAAAGGCAGUUUUUGAUUUGGUGAAGAAGCAUACUUGAGCUGUAACCAAAAAACAGACAUUUGGAAAGUUUGAGGUGAGGGAGCAAGUGUGGUGGAACAAGAAUUGUUAUCUUGCUACAGUAGCUGGAUCAAAUUAUCCGUUAGCUGGCCAGAGAAAUGUUGAGCAACAUUAUCAAACUUAGUUUAUGGUGUAAAAAUUUGCUGUCCAAAGUCAGACAGCUGGGUAAUGUUACAUCAGAUGAGGUAACGUUAUCGAGGAACCAAUUAGAUAUAGUAUUAACUGGUAUAUGACUCCUUGCCGUUCAAGCUAUAAUGUUAGUUGCUCACUGGACCCUGGCAAUCUGUGAAAUGUUAACUAGUUAGUUAUCUAUGAACUAAUGUUUUCACUGUAGUUACUUUUCAGAAUGAGAAUUGGGUGAAAGAGGCAUUGCUUGCUAAGGAUCCACCACAUUUAAAUUUUCGCCUAAAACGACACCCACAUCUAACUGCCUGUAGCUCGGGACCUGAAGCAAGGAUAUACAUUCUUGGUACCAUUUGAAAGGAAACACUUAAGUUUGUGGAAAUGUGAAAUGAAUGUAGAAAAAAAACGCAUUAUAUCUGGUAAAAGAUAAUACAAAGAAAUGCAAGAGAAAGGCCUUAACGUAUUCCAGCCGGGGGUGCAAUUUAGAUUUUGGCCACUCGAUGGCUGUAGUGUAUGUGCAGUUUUAGACUGAUCCAAUGAACCAUUGUAAUUAUGUUCCAAAUGUGCCUAAUUGGUUUAUUAAUAUCAUUUUAUGUUCAUAACUGUGCACUCUCCUCAAACAAUAGCAUGGUAAAUUGGACAGUGCAGUUAGAUUAAGAAUUUAAGCCAAUAUCAGAUAUCUCCUGGGAAAUUCUCAUUACUUACAACCUCAUGCUAAUCGCAUUAGCCAACAUUAGCUCAACCAUCCCGUGGGGGACCCACCGAUCCUGUAGAGGUUUAAAUAAGUGGAUUCAGGGAUCAAGUGUAGCUGGGCCUGGCUUAAGAUGGAUGCCAAUAGAGGCGACGGGAACACCACACUUUCCCUCUGUCGAUAACGUGGAUGCCAGGUGUACGCUCUGCCUGAAAGAGAUCAAUUAUGCCAACACAGGCAGAACGUGUACAAUGUAAUAAUGAGCAUUGUAGCCCAAAGAUAUUGCUUUGCUUGUGUGUUAAACUUGACAUACUGUAACACUGAGGGGGGAUUGUUUUAUUUGUUACUUUUUCACACAUGUAGCCUUGUGCACUUAACCCUUGUGUGGUGUUCGGGUCUGUGGGAUCCAUUUUCAGUGUUUAAAAUAAAUGAUUUAAAAAAUC